GCCCGCCACGGGCCCCUAGGAACGAACCUCUCCGCUCCGUGUUCCCGGCGGGCGGGAAAGCCGCAGCUCACCGGAAGCGGCUAGCCCGGAAGUGGAGCCAUGGCGUGCAGCGAGACGGAGCCGCCGGAGCAGGAGACUCUGCGCCGCUGGGAGCGGGAGCAGGCCCAGCUAAAGGCAAAUGUGAUUGAGGAAGACACUGAGGAAUGGCAGAAAGAUUCCACCUUUGCAGGACUGGAGAGAGUGGGAGGGGUGGACCUGUCUUAUGUCAAAGGAAACGACACAGUCGCCUGCGCUUCCCUGGUGGUUCUCAGCUACCCAGAUCUUGAGGUGCUAUAUGAGGAUUGCCAGAUGGUAACUGUGAGUGCUCCCUAUGUGGCAGGAUACUUAGCUUUUCGAGAGGCCCCUUUCCUGGUAGAAGCUGCUCAGAGACUUCAGGAGCGACAGCCUGGGCUCAGGCCUCAGGUGCUGCUCGUAGAUGGGAAUGGUGUGCUCCAUCACAGAGGGUUUGGUGUGGCCUGCCACCUGGGGGUGCUGACGGGCCUGCCAUGUGUUGGUGUGGCCAAAAACCUCCUGCAGGUCGAUGGCCUGGCCAAGGACGAGCAGCACAAGGGGCAGAUCCGCGACCUGCAAAUGGGAGGAGACGUAUUCCCUCUGAGGGGCACCUCCGGGAGAGUCCUGGGCAUGGCCCUGCGCAGCUACAACAAGAGCACGAAGCCCAUCUACGUCUCCGUGGGCCACAGGACGUGCCUGGAGUCGGCGGUGCGCCUCGUCCAGUCCUGCUGUAGGUACCGGAUCCCAGAGCCCAUCCGACAGGCUGACAUCAGAUCCAGAGAGUACAUCCGGAAGCACCUGUCCUCCCCACUGGGGGGCACAUCUCCUGGGCCAGGGAGGAAGGAAGAGGCUGAGCCCAAGCAAUAAUUUGGCCCCAGGAAGACGCUGCCCAGCCCCAGUGUGAACUUGAGCCUCCCACCCCCUCUGGGAUCAGCUCCGAGAAGUCUCUACAGGGCAGCGUGACUCACCGUCCACACCAGGAACUCAGGGUACUUCAUGGGGUGAACAGCCAGGAUGAGCAGAGAUUAACCAGGAGACGGCUUCCCCCUGGGCUCUGCUAAUGGGGAAGGAGCCCCAGCCUUCGAUGCUGGGCUAAAUUUUAAUAACGAACAAUCCAGCCUCUUCUCUGGGUGAGCGCAGCACCCAGCACCGUGGGGCCCUGGCUUACUUACCCUGUUAGCGCUGAGACGAGCGAGAGCAAACUCCUUUCUUCUCCCCAGGAGCCUGGGCUGGGGUGACCAGAUAUCCCAUUGUUAAAGGGACGGUCCCAUAUUUAGGCCCUCCUGCAGGAGUCCUGACUUUUUCUUAAAAACUGGCAAAUUGUCCCAUAUUUUCUCUCCCUCCCACCCCCAUCAGUACUGGUGGGUCCUGCUGCUGGCCGGAUCCCUGGUUGCCCACCUCCUGCCCACCAGCAGUGAGUGGGGGGGUCCAGUGGCUGACUAUGGGGGUGGGUGUGCAAGGCUGAUGGUAGGGCUAAGCUGCAGCACACGGGGAUGGGACGCUCCCUCUGGUGGUGCAUGCCAGCCCCACCCACCCCUGUCCUUCAGAGCCAGGCUGCACUCCUUUGAUCACAGUGACAUGUGUGGGCACAGAGGGGCCAGCAGACAGAGAAGGAAAGAGGGCGGCAUUUGAUUUCGUAUCUGACCCCAUUGCAAGAGGGGGUGGGGGAGGCACCAGGAGGAGCGCUGGCUGCAGGCUGUGCAAGUCCUCCCAAGCCACGCAUGCAGCGCCACGCCUCAUCCGACAGGCGCAAUACCGGCUCUGACACCGCCAUGUCCCCAGGGAACAGCCCCCGGACAGCUCCUCCUGAAAGCCCAGGACCAGUGCUGAAUGCCAGCUUGAGAAGCCAAUGAAACGGCUGAACAAACACACCACCACUCGCCUCCCCCGCUGCCGCCUCCUCGCUGAUCCUCCACUGAACAAACUGCGAAAAGACCCAGAGCUGUCAGGGGGCCAGCAAGAGCUAGAGGCCUUGCAGCUGGCAGGGCCACCUGUGCUCCUCUAAUGCCGGCCAAAGCCAUUGCUCAGACUCACAGGUGGGGGGGGGGGGUGGAGAACUCGACAGUGACUCAUCAUCGGAGUGGCUGGUGAGGGGAGUGGCUGCAGCUCACACACAGUUACAAGGGAGGAUUAUUAUGAGUGUAAUUAGCACCCGUGGAGAUCUCUCUGUGCAACAGCAAAGUCAGUUGGGCUUAACUAUGAGUGCCAGCUGUGCCCAGCUGUUGGCAUGGCAGUGCUGCCAGAUGGGGAGCUCACCCCAUGGGCUAGAUCCAUCCAGCUACCCACCCACAUUCUUUUCUGGAUGCCCAUCACUGUGAAAUCUGAGUGCUUUUCCCCAAAGGUGCAUCAGACCCGUUUGAGGGAAAGGCUGCAGCACAGCAAAGACGGGCUGGUUGGUUUCCCUGCCCUGCCCUGCCCUGCUUUGCACUGUGGCUGGACCUGAGCUGGGAAGGGCUCGAGAAGAGUGAGGCCUUGUUCAGGCCUCCCUGUGUACACUGGGUUGACAGCUCUGAAGCAGGAAGCAACCAGCUCUUGCCACCCCCCCAGGUCUGGCUGUGUCUUGGGCAUUAGCAGAGCGUGAGCAG